CAGAAGAAAAAUUUGGUCAAGCAGAGAAGACAGAGCUAGACGCUCACUUGGAGAACCUUCUCAGUAAAGCAGAAUGUACAAAAUUGUGGACAGAAAAAAUUCUGAAACAGACAGAGGUGUUACUGCAGCCAAAUCCGAAUGCUAGAAUAGAAGAAUUUGUCUAUGAAAAGUUGGACCGCAAAGCACCAAGUCGUAUGAAUAAUCCAGAAUUACUGGGCCAGUAUAUGAUAGAUGCUGGGAAUGAAUUUGGCCCAGGGACAGCAUAUGGAAAUGCACUCAUCAAAUGUGGGGAAACACAAAAGCGAAUUGGAACAGCAGACAGAGAACUAAUUCAAACAUCUGCUAUAAACUUUCUCACUCCACUAAGAAAUUUUACUGACGGGGACUACAAAACAAUUGCUAAAGAAAGAAAGCUACUGCAAAACAAGAGACUAGAUUUGGAUGCAGCGAAAACCAGACUGAAGAAGGCAAAGGUUGCAGAAGCUAGAGCUGUACAACUAAACACGUCUCAGCCUGAAGAAAAUAACAUUAUGGUAAAUGUCUCUUACAUGCUCAACUUGCUGCAUGUAAAGUGGCUAAAGAUUUGGGCAGAAGAAGUGACAAAAUCUGAACAGGAAGUAAGAAUAACUCAGAGUGAAUUUGACCGUCAAGCAGAGAUUACAAGACUUCUGCUGGAAGGAAUCAGCAGUACACAUGCACAUCAUCUUCGCUGUCUGAAUGAUUUUGUUGAAGCUCAGAUGACUUAUUAUGCACAAUGUUACCAAUAUAUGUUGGACCUCCAGAAACAACUUGGAAGCUUCCCAUCUACCUUCCUCUCUAACAAUAAUCAGUCUUCCUCAACCCCUGUGCCAAGUGUAUCUGCUCCAUCAGUCUUGGCCUCUGCUUCUGCUUCAUUGCCUUCAGUAAGCAAUUCAGUAGUUACUUCAGGCUUCAGUGAACUGAAGUCAUCAAGUGGCAACAGGAAGGCCAGAGUUCUCUAUGAUUAUGAUGCUGCAAACAGCAGUGAAUUAUCGCUACUUGCAGAUGAGGUGAUAACAGUUUACAGUAUCCCUGGCAUGGAUUCAGACUGGUUGAUGGGUGAAAGGGGAAAUCAGAAGGGCAAAGUGCCUAUUACUUAUUUAGAACUGCUAAACUAAAUGGUUGGCCUAUAUAAAGACUGUCAGUUAUGGUGACAUCCUAUUUAUGUACAAUUAACUUUAUAUAAGCAGGUUUAAGUGUCUUCCAUAUUAUUGUCUUAAGGGACAAAUACCAGCCUUCAGAAACUGGCUUUUCUGCCAAUGUUGUUGCAUGGUAAAUACUCUGUUCAGAUUUAAUUUGUGUUUAAAGCUUUUACUUCAUGUGCCAAGAAUGUGUUUCCUACAGAAUUGUUUCUACUGAAGUUUUCACUAAUACAAGCUUCUACUUUUGAGUAAUCUAGAUUGAAAGCAGGAGGUACUGUUUUCUACUGAAUUUUUCAUUAAUGGCAAGCUUCUUUCUUCACAUAAAAUAAACUUAUUGUGAAUUGAUGGCAGUUUGAUUUCAGUUAUUUGUUCAGUAGUCAAUAGCCAUGACCAGGUCAAAUAUAAAACUACUUUGUAAAAUGGUUUUAGUUGUUCAAGAUGGUAUGUAGAAUGCAAACAUACUGAUUUACAUGGUUAGAAGUGGAACGGUAUAGGCAUUGAAGAACUUCAAAAAAGAAGAAAAAAGUUGUGACUUAAGGUGUAAGGUAUAGUUUAAAAUGUUAGUACUUCUAUUUAAUGCAUGGUUGGAUUGAAUUCUUUUUUUUUUUUCAGUCAUGAGUUUUCAUCAUGACCUAAAUCAUCAAGGAUAAACCUUAAUUAAUACUAAAUUUGCUUUGAAUUUGUACUUUUUUAGCUAUUUUAACAAGGGAAGUUUUAUUCUCAGUGGCUGGUAACUAAUAAAGAUGGUUGAAUUGCAAAUGUA